GCGUAGCGAGUACUAAACAUUGACAGUAUCCAGCGUCAUAUCAAAUUGGUUAUGCAUCGAUCUUUGUGUUUCAUUUUAAUUGAAAAGCAAAUGGAGAUGCUUGAUUACAGUUAUACCGGGGAGUUAAAUGAAACAUUUUCCGAGAGCAUUGUUCCUCCAAUACUCCAAGGCUCUUUUGGAAUUCUGGGAAACUUUCUUGCACUUUUCUUACUUUUUCAUCAUUCCAACGUCCAUAGAUGGGGAACAUUUUAUAAAUAUGUAUUCGCUCUGGCCGUAACUGAUGUCAAUGGAUUAUUGUUGCACUACCCCGUGGCGAUAGCUAGAUAUGCAUCUGACUUUGAAUUCGAGUUUCCGAAAAAAUUUUGCUGUUUUGACGUAUUCUUGUUUUCAUUUUCUUUUCUAUCAUCUGCCAUGAUAGUAUGUGCUAUGUCGUGUGACAGGCUAUUCGCAGUUAAAUAUCCCUUCAUUUACAGAUCUGGAAACCAUAAAACUAAACGAAUCUUAUUUACGAUUUGGAUAUUUUCAGCACUGGUUGCUUCUUUUCCAUUACUCGGUUUUGGGUCUGUCCAGAUGUACUAUCCCGGAACUUGGUGUUUUAUCAAUUUUGCAAGCCUACGUCGUUUGGAUAGAAUCAACACGUACGUUUACUCAAGUCUGUGUUUAUUAAUUCUGUUAAUUACUGCAAUAACGAACACCGCUGUUAUACACUCGAUUUGUCAACAUGACAGAACAGAUAUCAUUUCAUCAAAUGAGUUUGAGAGAAGGAAGAGGAAGAAUGAUGAAACUUACAUAGUAACGUUGAUGCUGUCCAUUGUAAUUCUAUCCAGCGUAUGCUGGAUUCCAUUAUUGGUUCGAAUGCUGAUAAAUGCUAGCGCAAGUGACCCGAAUAAUGGACCAGAGGAACUUCAAGCCGUACGACUAACCAUCAGCAAUGCCAUUAUAGACCCGUGGAUCUACAUCAUUCUUCAGAAAAAAAAUCUAGUCAAAAUUUCACGCUUGAUUCGUAGAAUUCGCAAUAGGAAACAAUUUCCCGCGAUAAUUAUUACUGAAGAAUCCAAAUAUGUGAGAGCUGGAACAAACCUAACUGGAGGUAAUUCAUCGAUGAACACCAACACAAUUUCUACACGGGUCUAAGCCGUUCUAAAUGCCUAUGGAUCUUUCAUUCAUCCACAAGUUUUAAUCAGAAGUUAAUGACUCUUUAGUCUAUCGUUCAUACAUGAGAUUACGUUGUUGAUCAAUAGUAGUGAAGAGCGUAACUAUGGCCCAUUCAAUUUAGAUAAUCUUUUCGUGAACUCUGUAGUGUCUGGAAUUAUUCCGAAUACUUAUUUUUAGGUCACCUGAUUGUGACUUUUAGUUAUUCGUCAUUAUCUGCCAUGCAACUUUUUUUUAGAAAGAUCGUCAAAUUUAGUAUGGAACAUCAUCAGGGUAUCAGAAACUAAACUUGUGAAUUUCAAGUUCACUGCAUUCCUGCAAGGACCCAAAAUGCGAGAUCAAAACACCUUACUAAACUAGGAAACUGACAAAGUCAGCAAGGGCCACGCUGUGGACUAUCAAAGGAAACUGACAUCUGUAUUGAGACAAUCAUGUAUAGGUCUGGUAUUUGUGUUAGAAUUAUUGAUAUUGAAAGAUACAACGUGCGUGUAACCCGCAUAUAUUUCAAACAAUGUACGCGAAAGCGCAGUGGUUUAAUUAAGUAGCUCACUACACUAAAUAUUAUACUCUGUAUGACACCACGUCACAAGAUGGCGAUUUAAAUGUUUUGUGAAAUAAUUGUAUCGAUCGAUUUGUUUGUCUAUCAUCGUAUCUCAGUGGUUAAAAGCAUUGGACUGGAAAGAGAGAGAGAAAAAAAGCAUUGGACUGGUGAACCGCAGAUCUCGAGUUCAAAUCCCCCUGAGUCUUUUAUUCAUAUGUGUUGAAAUAAUUUUGUUGAAAAUCAUGUUUUUAUCCAAAUUUGUAUAUAUUUUGCCUUUUUGACAUAUAUACUUAUUGUAUAUCAUCAUAUCUUUUAUAAUUAAAUCAAUCCGUACUGAUUUGAGAAACUAUUUCUGGGUGUAGUGAGCCAUCUUAAAUGUCAUGCGGCAAAACCACCAAAAUCAUUUUCCUGGUAUUGGGUAUUUGUUUGAAUCCAGU